AUGGUUAAAGUCGCAGUCGCUGGAGGUACCGGUAGCGUUGGCCGUACUAUAGUAGAUGCGUUGAAGGAGAGCCCAAAGCACGAAGUGAUUGUGCUUGCGCGCAAAGAAGCCGAUAUCGGUGUCCCUGUCCUUGCGGUCGAUUAUAGCGAUGUCGAGGCAGUCUCUCGUAUCCUGGAGACGAACAAUGUCCAUACAGUGAUCUCUGCCAUCAGCGUUCGAGGCCCUCAGGAGGGUGCGGUAGAGAUCGACCUAGUCAAGGCUGCAGUAAAGUCAGCGGCGACGAGACGUUUUAUUGCGAGUGAAUACGGUACCCUGGCCCCCACCGAAAAGCACCUUCAGUUGCCCCAGCACGAGGGCCGCCUUGCUGUCUUGGACGAGUUGCGGAAGACAGAUCUAGAGUGGACAAGAGUCCACAAUGGCUUCUUCCUAGAUUAUUUCGGCAUUCCCCAUGUUGCAAGCUAUUUGGUGCCACUUGCCUUUGGUAUCGACAUGGCUAACAAGGCGGCCGCCAUACCAGGAACGGGCAAUGAUAAAAUGGCUUUCACGUACACUACGGAUGUGGCCAAGUUCGUCGUUGCGGCGCUCGAUCUUCCCAAAUGGGAUGAGGCCUUGUUCUGUUAUGGAGACAAGGCGACGUGGAACGAGUUUCUGCGCAUUGCGGAAGAAGUGAGAGGUUCGAAGUUCACUGUGACAUAUGACAGUGUUGAGAAGCUCGAAAGAGGUGACAUGACUGAACUGCCCUCGCAUCCGGCGAUCUACCCUUUCUUCCCCAAGCAAAUCUUCCAGCAGUAUUUUAGCAUGUUUGCAUUGUAUGUCACGAUAGGUUUGUUCGAUUUUCCAGAGGAGAAGACCCUGAACAAGGAAUUCCCAGAGAUAAAAACGACCACGGUUAGAGACAUGCUUCAGAACUGGGUUGGCAAGUGA